UUUGCGAUGUGUGGAAUUUUUUGCUACAUCUGUUUCAGCAACAAUUCCACAGAAGGUGAUAAAACACUGCAAUCGUGCAGAAAUGUUCUGAAAAACCGUGGCCCUAACCGUGAAUCCACGCUGUGGUACGAUUCGAGAGUAUUAUUUUAUGGAUCUGUACUAUGGCAUCAGGGAGAAUCGCUAUGCGCACAACCUAUCGAAAGCGAUCAAACGGUGCUGGUAUUCAAUGGCGAUGUGUUCCAGCCGAGGCAAGAUAUGAACAAGAGUGAUACGCUAUGGUUACUGGAAAGAAUUGAAACCUGUCGGAACGAAAAUGAGCUGUACCAUCUGUUCGCUUGCUUGCGUGGUCCAUAUAGCGUUAUUUUUCUAAGGAAAGAAGAAAAUAGAAUUUAUUUCGCUCGUGACGCUGUUGGCAGAAACUCCUUGCUGUUUGGAAAGACACACAAUGGAGAUAUCCUCAUUACAAGUGCUGGAGGAAAUAUGCCAUCCAGUGUUGUUCACGAGCUUCCACCAUACGGUAUUUACUUUAUCGAUUUAGAUAAAGAAAAUGAACGAAAUCCGAUUACCCUGCUGCCAUGGACAGAUGAUUGUCCCCAGCUUGAGCAGAUUUUCUGCGAUGAAAUUAAAUUUCGGCCCUACGUUCCAAUAAAUGAUCAGCCAGUACAAACGUCCAGCUUACAGCCCAAUUUCACUUUUCAUACUUUGUUAACAAAAGAAUCACCGAUGGAAGGAGAUAUAUUUGAUCGUGUCCUCAGGCAUACAGAAGUUAAAAAUGUCUGCACUCAACUGCUGCGUACCUUGCGCAAUUCAGUCUCGGAGCGAAUUAUCCAUACCCGACAGUACUGCAAAAUGUGUUUACAAACGCAAACUACAUGUACUCAUGCAAAAGUCGGCGUAUUAUUUUCAGGAGGAAUAGACUGUACAAUUCUCGCUCUUUUAGCCGAUGAAUUCGUACCAGCAAACUGUCCAAUCGAAUUGAUAAAUGUCGCUUUUGAAAAGGUAAACCGUUCGAAUGUGAAACCCGUACAAAUUGACUGGAACGUACCGGAUCGUGUGACUGGGAAGGCUUCGUUGGAUGAGCUGCGUCGUUUAAGACCAAAUCGGACAUGGCAUUUUGUAGAGGUAAAUGUGACACGAUGCGAAUUGAACGAGAAGAGAAAAAAUAUCGCUAAUCUCGUGUUUCCUCUGCGGAAUGUUUUGGACGAAUCGUUGGGUGCUGCGCUGUGGUUUGCUUCGAAAGGUAUUGGACAGAAAGGCGGAGAAUCGUAUAGCAGUACUUGUCGUGUGCUUUUGCUGGGAUCAGGUGCCGACGAGCUGUUUGGUGGGUACACUAGACACAAAGCAGCAUUUGAACGAAACAGCUCGUCGGAAGAUGCAUACGAAAAAGCGUAUGAAGCACUGGAGGCUGAAUUAAAUUUAGAUUGGAAACGCUUGCCCAGUAGAAACUUGGCACGGGAUGAUAGAGUUAUUAGCGACAAUGGCGUGACACCAAGAGCUCCUUAUCUGCAGGAAGAUUUCAUCGCACAAGUUCGUUCAUUAAAAGCUUACCAACGGUGUUUUCAUCCUCUGGGGCCUGGGGUUGGUGACAAGUUUAUGUUACGCUUAUGUGCUUAUGAACUUGGCUUAACUCAAGCAUGCGUGCUACGGAAACGUGCUUUACAGUUUGGCUCUAGGAUAGCAGAUCGAAAGCAAAAUGCCUCGGAUCGUUCAACGUACUUGGAAGACUAA